AUGAGUACAAGAGCAAGACUUUCACCAAUAUCAAGAUCAGUCCGUCCUUGGGAUAAAGAAGAAGACGCAAGACUCCUCGAAGCUGUCAGGGUCAAUGGAGACUCCAACUGGGAAGUCAUUGAAAGGUGUGUUGUAACUAGAAGCAGGAAGCAAUGUAGAGAGAGGUACCAUAAUCAUCUCAAGGUCUCAAUACAAAAAGGAGACUGGACGGUGUAUGAAGACAAUGUUAUCCUUGAAAAGGUCAAUAUGUUCGGAAGAAGGUGGACACACAUCUCAUCCUUCUUACCACAUAGAGCUCCAAAUUCAAUCAAAAACCGAUUCUAUUCACAUUUGAUUAAACACUUGAACGACAACACCAAAGUGAAUAAAUCCCAUUCUGACUCCGAACUCACUGAGAUUACACUUAGUGCGUUUGUCCCUACAUCUCCCAGUCUUUACAAAAUUAUUAUGUAA